GGGAAGCAGGAGACAUACAGGGUUCAUUUCCCCAGGGCAGGCUCAUUCCGUUGCUCUGAAACCGAACUGGGGCUCGAGGUGAGGGCAGCCGUGACUGUCCACUAUGGAUAUGACUCCUGGGAUCAGCAUCUGAGCGCAUCUGAGAAGCAGCAAUGGAUGGUAGCUGGCCCUUUGUUCAACAUCCGGGUGGUGGAACCAGCUGAGGCCGGGGCUGUGGCAGCCGUUCACCUCCCACACUUCCUGUGCCUUGCAGGAGCAGAUGUUGAUGUUUCUCAGCUUCAAGUUGCCCGUUUUGUUGACUGUGGGAUGACCCUGGAAAGUCCAACGCGGGUGAGGCCGUUCCAUGCUGUGCUGGAGAACCCCAGCUUCUCUCCAAUUGGACUGCUUUGGAAACAGAUCUAUUCUACGCUAUUUCCUCCAGUGCACUCACUGGUGCUGCUUUACCGGUCCAGCAGGGCCGCAAACAUAACCCUCCAUCUCUACCUGAUACCCAGGGAUCUCUCACUAGCACAGGCGAUUGAUGAGAAUGAAAAGAACUACCAAUCAAUACGAGUUCGCAAGCCUUCUAAAACCAAGCCCCUGCACUUUGGAUCUUGUUAUAUUGUGUCUAGUUCAUCAAGCAUAGAGGUCACUCCUGAUGCGCUGGAGUUCUGCAAUAUGACAGUUCAUCCGCUGGAUCCAGACAUGGAAAUCUACACUGAAGACUUGAGGGACAGACUGAACCUCUGCCUGAUGGAGGAAAAUGACAGGGGAUUGGUCUGGAAGGCCACUGUGAGACCAGGGGAUGUGACACUUCCUGGUUCCACCCCUACACGAGCAGACAUCCAAGACAAGAUGCCUGAGACCUUGAGAGAUGCCCUGCAGAAGACUCUGGAUGAGCUGGGGAGUACAGAUAUCAAGAGAUUCAAGUCUAAAUUGAACCAUAUGGAGCUACCAGAGGGGUACAAGAGAAUCCCCAAUGGGAUGCUGGAGGAGGCCGACUCCCUGACCGUGUGUGAGCUGCUGGUGCAGUACUACACAAUGGAUGGGGCUGUUGAGGUGGCCAUUCAAGCCCUGAAGGGAAUCAACCAGAAUGAGCUGGCAGGAAUGCUUGAGAUGGACACCAGGAGAAUUCCAGCUGGCAUUGAUUCAGUGUGUAGCCGUUUUGCUGCAGUGGAGUUGGGAUCGCCCAUCUGAAGAUGAGCACACGCCUAACAGAACUGAACUCAUCACAGCUGGGGCAGCGAAGUCUCUCCGUUCGUCCGAAGACACGUUAGCAAGAUUCAGUGCGAGCCUUUCCGUGCACCAGGCGGCCAGUGACAGCAGCUUAUCCCUGAGGAAGCAGAAGCCACCUGUCACCACAGCACAGCUCCGAGGGCUGGCCCCGGAGCAGGAGUCUGUUUCCCAGGCAGAAAUCCCUUUGGUGCUGAUCACGGUAUUAGCUGAGUGAGUCACAAACAUUAACUAGUUGGCUCAGCACCCGAUGAUCUAGGGAACUAUUGUCCGCCUGUCACUGCAUGGACUGGUUCCUUGGGGACCGCAAUGUGCCAGCCUUAGGGUGCAACACCCAGGGCCAUAUGGUGGGAGCUUGUGACUGGAAAGCAGCCUGCUGAGAGCAUAAGGGCACCCUGAGCUCCCUCCGGGAGAGUCUGGGGAGGGAGGCUGCUGGGGGAGGGCAGCUGGUAACUCUCCAGAGCCCAGAAGAGAGACCUGCAAGGAGCUGGGAUGAACCUCAGCUAGCAGGAUGCAAAGGACUUCAACCAGAACACACUGUCUUAGGAAAAAUAUAAAACAGAUUUAUUAACUACAGAAAGAUAGAUUUUAAGUGAUUUUAAAUAAUAGGCAUAAAAGGUCAGAGAUAGGUACCAAAGAAAAUAAAAGGUAAGUGCACAGUCUAAAUCUUAAACCUUAUUACGCUAGGCAGUAUUUGGAUCAAGCAGUUUUCUCACCCCACUGGAUUUUACAGUUCUUAAUACACAGGCUUCCCCUUUUGAGCCUGGGACCGGUCUCCUCAGGUGACGUUGCUGUCUUCUCAGCAGUCUUGUUGCUUCCAGUGUAGGUGGGGAAGGAGGAAGGCCAAGGCAUGAUACCACUGUCCCAUAUUAUAUACCCUUGGGCAUGUGCCUGUUAAACACUAGCACAGACACAUCCUGUGGGCUUUGCUGAGUCGCAGAGUUGAGCGAUCCCCCUGGUGUGCUCCUUCUGCAACCGAGGGCUUUUCUACACUGUCAAGUUACUGCGCUGAAACUUUCUCACUGGGGGUGUGAAAAAUCACACACACCCUGAGCACAGCAAGUUUCAGCGUUGUAAAGUGCCAGUUUUGACAGGCUCCCAGGACUGGGAGCUAUGCCCCUUUCAAGGUGUUUUUUUUUAAGCGCUGGGAGAGCAUGGAGGUCUGUGCUGCCAUAUCAGUGACAUCCAGGGAAGCCUGCAAGCUGGUCCUGGCUACCAGUUGUCUUUCAGUAAGCAAGGUCUUGAAUUGUGCUCUUUUAUCUUUGGGAAGGUCGGUCAUAAACCCAAAUAGCUUCCCAUAAUUGUCGUAAUCAUACUUUGAGAGGAUGCUGUAAUUAGCGACCCUGAAUUGUAAAGUAGACAAGGUAUUGACCUACCGGCCUAAGAAGUCUAGUCUCUUGUGCUCUUUACCCUUAGGUAUGGCUUUGAAAUGAGGUUGUUUGGAGCUAUGGAUGUUGUAGCCACUGGGGACAAUGGUGGAGACCUGAGUUGGCCUCUAGGUGGUGAAGAGGUUCUGGCAUAGGGGGCUCAAUAUCUUUCCUCUUCACUCAUCUGUGUCCUUGAGUUUCCCCUCUGGUUCCCCCUAUCCCAUAUCCUCCCUGCCUUUCCCUAUGACUUCAGACUCCUGGGACAGAGUUGAGUGGGGGAAUGAGAGCUGGUGGCCACAGAGAUCAACCCAUUUCCUAGAAUCAGGGAACUGAUUGGGACAGGUUAGGUCACUGAGAGUCUGUGGAUGCAUCAACCCACUUUAAUCACAGAGCGCAAGGAGAGACUCACUUUUAGCAAACACACACACAUGCUCCCCUAUCCAACUUCCUCACUAUUUCAUUGAUUUAUUUAGAUUUAGAUGAGCACUAAUGAAAGAGAGGCCCAUACAGCAUCCUUGGCAUCUCUGCCAAUUUUUUUAAAGAUACACUAAUACACCCAGAUCCCUGAAGCCAACUCUUAUACAGAGCAAUAAUAUAAAUGGCUGAAAUUAAUCAACCACACACACACAAUCCCCAGAGUCUCACACCCAGCCUGACCCAAUGUCUACCUCUUCACAAGCAAGGGAGAAAAGGUAGCUCUUGAAGCAUGCCCUGUGUUAUGUGCAUCUCUCUCUCGCAUGUGCAUACACACACACAUUACAAAAACAUACAAUACUCUUGCUGGAAGACUGAAAUGUAGCAUGAUUAUUUCUUAAAAUUUGGAACAAUAACACACAGAAUCAAAACCAGAGAGAGACAAAGCAGACUGCUCCCUCUGGCAGAGGAGUAUAACUCACUGCGCCUUGCUCUAGGCUGGUUCCCUGUAGACAGACUCAGAUAGCAUGAAUAGUAAACCCAUCUAUAGGACUCAUCACCAUGUAAUUUUGACAGGUUUCCAUCACCCUUUUAUGGUUUAUGUUCCACCCUCCAGUCCCGUUUCUGGUCACGUACACGUUUGGUGCCAUCAGCCAUUUUGAAUUUAUUUUGUUGUUGUGGGGCAUUCUCGGGGUGCUUAUGUGCUUGUAUUUUUACAUGUUUG